AUGGAUUCCAAAGACCGAUCUCAACGAACAGAUGCAGCAGACGACCCAAGCUUCAGUUCUUAUCGAAGCCUAUUGAUUAAUUAUUAUCUGCACCCUGCAGACUUUCGCGCAGUCUCUAUGACCCGUGCCGGAACGAUCGUAUUUCCCAAGGUGAAUCUGUGGGAAUUCAUCGUGAUAGACCAAGAGAGUCUGAAUGAAGGCCGAUUAGCUGUGAUAAACUUUAAAUUCAAUGGACAAUUGGAAAAUUAUGCCUUGCUCAGGCCAAUGCCGAUGGGGAAAGCAAUGCUUCAUUUACAUUUGGAGGGCUGGUCCGUGGGAGAGGUUCUCAACGGAGAAGAAUCGGACUGGGCAGUUAGGAGAUGGAACAAACCUAUGGAUAUCGAUCAACCACUUAUCGGUAUUUUGGACUCCGCUCAUCAAAGAGGAGAGCUCUUUUUCGACAAGUAUUCUCCAGAUGAUUGGGCGCGACAGUUGGAGGCCUUUGCACCUGGGUAUCUAGACUUGGAAGCCCGGGACCGGGAGGCCGACUUUGACCUAACCAAUCUAUGGGAUCCUAAGCCGGAGACGUAUGUCCUCAAUGUUCCCCCGAGGCUACGAAUGCCGGGGAUCGAGAAAAAUCUAUCCUUCAUUGGGGGGUUUGAUAGGCAUGCUGACGAUUCCAGAGAGUACUCGCUUGGGAAAUUCGUCCAAUAG